GCCUCACAGUUUAGAGGGAAAGCUUUUCUUCUCACAGCAGCAGCGGGGAUUUUCUGACUGCACACGCCGGAUAUUCAUCACAUUAAAAAACACGCUCACGACUGAAAGCGGCGAGAGAAGAAGGACUCUUUCCUGGGCCGCUAUCCCUCCCCGUCCCACCUCUCUGAUUUGGGCCGUUGUGUCUUUUUUUCAGUUUAAUUUUUUAUUUUGUACGUUUUUCCCCCUGCUGACAGUCUCUGUGGCGCACUCAGGUUUUCUUUUGCUGACAUGGUAGAUUAUCACGCUGCCAAUAAUCAAUCCUCCGGCGGAGGGCCACCGACCUACAUGGAGCAAGAGAAUGACUGGGACCGGGACCUGCUGCUGGACCCGGCCUGGGAGAAACAGCAGAGGAAGACGUUCACGGCGUGGUGUAACUCCCACCUGCGGAAGUCCGGCACGCAGAUCGACAACAUCGAGGAGGACUUCAGGGAUGGACUCAAACUCAUGCUGCUGCUGGAGGUCAUCUCAGGCGAGCGGUUACCUAAGCCCGAGCGAGGCAAGAUGAGGGUCCACAAGAUCAACAACGUUAACAAAGCCCUGGACUUCAUCGCCAGCAAAGGAGUCAAACUGGUCUCUAUCGGAGCAGAGGAAAUCGUGGAUGGAAACGCCAAGAUGACCCUGGGAAUGAUCUGGACCAUCAUCCUCCGCUUCGCCAUCCAGGACAUCUCUGUAGAAGAGACCUCUGCCAAGGAGGGUCUUCUCUUGUGGUGCCAGAGGAAGACCGCUCCCUACAAGAAUGUCAAUGUGCAGAACUUCCACAUUAGCUGGAAGGACGGUCUCGCCUUCAACGCUCUGAUCCACAGACACAGACCUGAUCUCAUCGACUACGACAGCCUCAGGAAGGACGACCCUGUGACCAACCUGAACAACGCCUUCGAGGUGGCUGAGAAACACCUGGACAUCCCCAAGAUGUUGGAUGCAGAAGACAUUGUGAACACUGCUCGUCCCGAUGAGAAAGCCAUAAUGACUUAUGUGUCCAGUUUCUACCAUGCAUUCUCUGGAGCACAGAAGGCUGAGACAGCCGCUAAUCGCAUCUGCAAAGUGCUGGCUGUCAACCAGGAGAACGAGCAGAUGAUGGAGGACUAUGAGAAACUGGCCAGUGAGCUGCUGGAGUGGAUCCGUCGGACCAUCCCCUGGCUGGAGAACCGAACCCAGGAGAAGACUGUGCAAGACAUGCAGGCCAAACAGGAGGACUUCAGAGACUACCGCUGUGUCCACAAACCACCCAAGGUCCAGGAGAAAUGCCAGCUGGAGAUCAGCUUCAACACUCUGCAGACUAAACUGAGACUCAGCAACAGACCUGCCUUCAUGCCAUCAGAGGGCCGCAUGGUGUCGGAUAUCAACGGAGCGUGGCACACUCUAGAGGGAGCAGAAAAGGGAUACGAGGAGUGGAUCCUCAGUGAGAUCCGGCGUCUGGAGAGACUGGAGCACUUGGCCGAGAAGUUCCACCAGAAGGCUGCCAUCCAUGAAUCCUGGACUGAUGGUAAGGAGGCCAUGCUGACCCAGAAGGACUAUGAGACCUCCACCCUGUCAGAAGUCAAGGCGCUGCUACGGAAACACGAGGCCUUUGAGAGCGACCUGGCGGCCCACCAGGACCGAGUGGAGCAGAUCGCCGCCAUCGCACAGGAACUCAAUGAGCUGGACUACUACGACUCUGCCAGCGUCAACGCCCGCUGUCAGAAGAUCUGUGACCAGUGGGACGUCCUGGGAGCUCUCACCCAGAGCCGCAAAGAGUCACUGGAGAGGACAGAGAAGCAGCUGGAGUCGAUAGAUGAGCUUUACCUGGAGUACGCCAAAAGAGCGGCGCCCUUUAACAACUGGAUGGAGGGAGCCAUGGAGGACCUGCAGGACAUGUUCAUCGUCCACAACAUUGAGGAGAUCCAGGGUCUGAUCACAGCCCACGAGCAGUUCAAGUCCACCCUGGCCGAGGCCAACAAGGAGCGGGAGGCCAUCCAGGCCAUCCAGGCCGAGGUGCAGAAGAUCGCUCAGAGCAACGGCAUCAAGCUGAGCGGAUCCAACCCGUACACCACCAUCACACCUGAGAGCAUUGACAACAAGUGGGAAAAGGCGAUGGACAUGGUGCCUCAGCGUGAUAACGCCCUGCAGGAUGAACUUAACAAGCAGAACUCCAACGACACCCUGAGAGCCAAGUUCGCCACUCAGGCCAACACAGUCGGCGCCUACAUUCAGGCCAAGAUGGAGGAAAUCGGCAGGAUAUCCAUCGAGAUGAACGGCACUCUGGAGGACCAGCUGACCAGCCUGAAGGACUACCAGACCACCAUCAUGUCUUACAUGCCUGAAAUCAACACACUGGAGGGCUACCACCAGCUCAUCCAGGAGGCCCUCAUCUUUGACAACCAGUACACUUCCUACACAAUGGAGCACCUCCGUGUGGGCUGGGAGCAGCUGCUCACCACCAUCGCCAGAACCAUCAACGAGGUGGAGAACCAGAUCCUGACGCGUGACGCCAAGGGCAUCAGCCAGGAGCAGCUCUACGAGUACCGCGCCUCCUUCAACCACUUUGACAAGGACCACAGCGGGGCCCUGCAGGCCGAGGAGUUCAAGGCCUGUUUGAUCAGUCUGGGCUACGAUGUGGAGAACGACAAGACGAAGCGGUCAGGACAGAUGGUCUCAGAUGAUUUCCGGGCUCUACUCAUUUCUACAGGAAACAGCCUGGGAGACAGCGAGUUUGCUCGCAUCAUGAGCAUCGUGGACCCUAACGGCAGCGGCGCCGUCACCUUCCAGGCCUUCAUCGACUUCAUGUCCAGGGAAACGACCGACACGGACACCGCCGACCAGGUCAUCGCCUCCUUCAAGAUCCUGGCCGGAGAUAAGAACUUCAUCACGGCUGACGAGCUGAGGAGGGAGCUCCCCCCCGACCAGGCGGAGUACUGCAUCGCCCGCAUGGCGCCCUACACGGGGCCCGACGCCGCCCCCGGAGCCCUCGACUACAUGUCCUUCUCCACUGCUCUGUACGGAGAGAGCGACCUGUAGAGGAGGCGAGAGGAAGACGGGGUUUGGACAGACGCGGGGGGGAGGGGGGGUGGGGGGAGGUAGAGAGUAAUUCUGUGUGUAGAGAAGUCACCAGGAAUCGAGUGUUUGAAGAGUUUGAGUGGUGGGUGUGAGGUGCCCCUGGGCUCGCUGAUAGAACCCAUUGCUUUUCAGCUCUAAACAGAUCCAGAGUCAUCCAUUUAGUGGUAAACAGGUUCAUAUGAGCGGGCGUAUCCAGGGGCAGCUGCUCUGUAGUGCGGGUCCUUAGCUUCACCCUCUCUGCCUUUUGUGGGGUCAAACUGGGGAGGGACGGGGGAGGGGGGAGCACAAGUUAACCUGAUACUUAUGCUAAUUUUUGUUUAUUUUAUUAUAAUUUCUUUCUUCUU